AAUAAUAAUGGCGGCGAACCGAGCCAUGUUUCUGUGGUGGGGUUCGGGUUCGUGCCCCUCGUGGAAGCCCAUGUUGGUCCUCGGAGAGAAGGGGCUGUGGGAGGGGCUGCCCAAUAAGCAGAUCUCCUUCGACAAGAACGAGCAGAGAGGGGCGGACAUCAUGGCCGUGAAUCAGCGCGGGCAGGUGCCGACGUUCAAGGACGGCUCCCUGGUCGUGAACGAGUCGAACGCAAUAUGCAUGUACCUCGAGGAGAAGUACAGUAACGACAGCAACCGGCUACUCCCGGCCAGCGUCGAAGAGCGCUCGCAGGUCUAUUGGCGCAUGUUUGAGGCCGAUAAUUUGCUUUCCAGCGUUAUAGGUGCAUAUAUAGCAUAAAAUACAUAUCGUUAAAAUGCAA